GGAGAAAACUGCAAAGUAAAUGUAGACGGUGGAUGAAGAUGUGCGCCUUCGAUCGAUAUCCACAUGUAAAAUUUCGCCGGUAUACGGAUCAGAUACAAGUACAAGUCAUGUGCGGAGUUAGAAGUUUCUGGACUGCUUGACUAGACUUUGUGUCUGUAGUACACCUCCUACAUAGGCGAAGAACGAUGUGAAGACAAUUUUGGUGCGGCAAAAAGGCUUUCCUGUUGUAAAGUGCAACAGAAAAAGGGAAAACACGUGUGGCAGUGGGAGACUCAUCAUGCCCAACGACCGAGGAUGCGAGGAGUGGCAGCAUCCGCUCGCCGUGGAGCCGGCAGACUACGAUCCCGUGCGAGAAAAGUUUCGGAACCCCUUUCUCGAAAAGCGCGAGGACCAUACCGAUGCCGACCCAAUGUUGCACGGGCCCGGCCGCGUGGCGCCGGGCAAGGCGGCUCAGACGGAAGACGUCCUGAAACGGCUCAUUGACGAUCUGCUAGUCGGAGCAGACGGCAGCGUGAUCAUGGGGCCGCACCACGAGCGGUUUGUCACCUGGUGGCAGCGAGCAACGGUGGAAAUCACGGAACUUGUGAGCCAAGCGGGGCUCGAGAACGAAGUGGCCCGGGACGCGGACCGGCGUUUGCUGGACUACUACCGGGACCGGGAGGCGGAGUUACAGCUCGUGCCGCAGCUGCAGGAGGCGCUGCAGCAGGCGAAACGUGCGAACGCCGCUCUGCAGUUGGAGGUGACAAGCGCGAAAGCCGCGCGCGAGGAGGCGGAACGCGCCAACGACACCCUGAUGACCGGGAUUGACGCGCUCACGGAGCGCCUGGACAUCGCGAAAAAUGCGGGAGGCAGCGCCACCGCGCAGCUGGACGCGCUGGUGGAGUACGUGCAGCGCGACCUCGCAUGGCGCGUGCUGCACGACGCCCGCGCCGAGGACCGCUUGGCGGUGUUUACCUGGAGCCACCACGCCAUCCUCCGGGGCGCGGUGGAGGAAAUUAUUGCCGUGUGCGAGAGCGACCUCAGCUCCCGCACGGACAUUGCGGAGGAGCUGCGCGCGAAGUUCACCAAGCUCCCCCCGUACAUGCGCUCCGGCGUGGUACCGGAAGCCCGGAGCGCGGCGUUCCGGGAAGACGAAGCCCGGGCGUGGUUCGCACUGCUGUCGGACGUCUGGCGCGUGCAUCUGGAAGUGCAAACUUUGCUGGUCAACGCGGCGUUUUCGGGCGGGUUGCAGGCGGAAUUGGUGCCUCCUCCAGGUCCGUCAACGGGGGCUUUUUUGCAGUCGCUCAACGUGUCGGCCUUCCAGAACUACCGGGACUCGGCCGCGCUUCGCUCCCAGGACGCUUACUCACAGCUGCUCUCAGACCGACGCCGUGCGCUCGGAGAAGACGCGCAGGCCGAUCUCGACUUCUGGCAGUCUCUGAAAAAGACCGUCCUGGAAGCAAAAGUUAGCAACGCGGCGAAAGAUCCCCAGGUCUCGGCGGAACAGCGCCGUCGUAACGAUUUCGAUGCGGAGAUGAACCGUUUAUGGGCGGAGGAACAGGGGCGGCGUCGAACAUUCGACGGAAAUUGGGGUGGCUCGAAACAAGAACACUUUGACGAGGACACGCGGCGGCUGGAGUUCGAAGAGAGAUUUCGGGGGAUGCAAAGGGUUGAAGCAGCGCGCCGUAAAGCCUUCGAUACAAAAGACGCGGGGGGACACCAAGGUGGGGCCACGUUGAAAAGUGCGAGCGGCAGUAGACGGAGCAGUAAGGGAAUAGUACAAGAGCACGAGGCAUUUUCUAUUGUUCCGGCUGUAACUUCUACCGGAGAGGUAGGCGGAAAGGCAAACCCAAACGCGGAUGGGCUAGUCGUGGGAGCAGCGAGCAGUCCCGAGCGUGCAUCGCUGCCACGGCAUCACGCGAAUUCCUCUAGCAAAGAGAGCACAACAUCCAGGUCCAGCACGCCAGCGAGUAGUAAGCCUAGUACGCAUGCACAACUUAACGACGCGACCGCGUCUUUCAAACCGAGUUUGUCGAUCGAGGCCGAAAAAGCACAGGAGCAGCGUCGUCGAGAGAUGCUCGACGCGGAGGAGGCACUCCGUUGGGAAGCAGAGCAAAAGGCGCGACUUGAUUUCGAUCGGAAUUGGGAUGGCCGGAAGCAAGCGCACUUCGACGAAGAUACGCGGCGCAUGAAGUCCGAAAUGUCCAGAAAGAGCCGCGUGGAGGACGAGGAACGCCGCAGAAGUCUCGUUGACGAAAGGAUUCGUGCCCGGGAGCGUGACGAGCAACGUCAACAGCUCCAAGAGGCGUGGCGCGACAAGGUUGCUACCAGGGCAAGCGCUGCGGAACAUCAGCAUAUCACUGGUCCCCCUGACGGACGUUCGGCUUUUGCAACGGCUGUGCUCGAACUGCCCGACAGACUCUCCAGCGCGCUUGACGACGAGCGUACGUGGUCUCCAGACAUGCAAGCGAUUCAGCUGGCCCAGCGACGCUGGGAACCUCCUCCGACCGCGGAGGCUGAGCGUUUGGCAUUGUACAGAGAGACGGCGAGGCUGCGCAGCGAGGCCGUGUCCGACGAAAGUCUGCAGCAGCAGCUGCAGCAAGUCGAGGGAGAACUAGAUGGGCUGGUCACGAGUGCUGUAUUGGACGGGGAAGUAGAGGCUCUUUCUGCGUCGAAAACUGCAGCCUCGAAGAGUACUUCUACGGUUCCUUUCCUCGAGCAGCGAGAGUAUUUGCUCCUCAGCGAACUGGCGCGGCGACAGUUCGAUCUUGAUCAGUGCGUUUUGGGCCUCCCGGCGCGUUCGACCGAGGAACUUCUCGCAGGCCUUCGUCUCCUGCAGCAGGUGCAGCGCCGCAAUCGCGGCGUGUUGAAGGAGGUUGCCACUGGCUUGGCGAAGGCGAACACGGACAACCGGGAGAAGAAGGCGCGGCUUCUCUCACAGCGGCUAUACGGCUUGCAUCGCAUGGAGACCGCGGUGCGAAAUCAGCUUCGAAAGCGACUAGCGGAACCUGCGCUGGAGGAAAAUGUACCCGAAGAGCAAGAAAUUUUCCUCCUGUCCAGCGUUGCGGAAGAAGAUCGAACCUGGGAUACCCACCGCGAGCAGCUGCUUGCGGACUGGCACCGCUUUCGCCGGUACCUCGGGCGAGUCUUCGGCCUGGUGGUUUGGCGAGAAGACAGACACGUGGCGACGCACGCGGUGAUGCACAGGGGGCCGCUGCCCGGACAAACCGGUCGUAGGUGGAUACGGGCGCACGCUGAUUUUUUUCUCGGCCUCGUCGUGGAGGUGUGCACCGCUGUGGCUAAGUUGCCGCCACCACCCAACGACAGCGAGGGGGCGGACCAAACCGUAGGGAAUGCUCGAGUGCGGCUCAAUUUUCAAACGCGGAAGGUAAUCGGGGUCGGGUUUUUCCAUCGGAAUCUGACUGCGGUGCGCCGGCUCGUCGCGCCGCACGGGCAUGCGGGGACGGACGUUCUGGACAAGCUGCGCCGCUUUGGUGCACAAGAGCUGGUGCCGACCACGAGGGUGGCACCGCGAGAACAAACUGUGCCCGGGGAUGAACUACAAGCCGCUGCUGGUUUUCGCCAGCCCUCCGACUCUUGGUUAGUGCGGGUGCCGGACGAGCCGAUUGCGGUCCAGAUUAGCAGCUCCAAGGAGGACGUCAAGCCUUGCCUCCAGAGGGACUGCAUGGGCACCUACUUCCACCACAUGGUGGCGGAGCGCGGGGCUAGAUUCGGGGACGCGGCGGCGCUACCAGUUCUGUACUUCGUCGUGAAGAUCACGCUCCCUUUUGCCUACGGAACGGAGCAGUCGGAUUCGUCCCAGUGUUCCUUCUAUGCCGUGGUCAGCAAUUACGUAGCUGGAGGCAGAGCGGUCGCUUCACGGGAGGUGCUGACAACGAAGCGCCAUUCCACCUAGUACCAAGAAAAAAUCUAGGGGUAAGCAUCAGCAGCGCAGAUGAAACAGCUCUCCAGUAUGCGCCAGACUUGAGAGCGACAUUCUCUGUACGGUAUUUUGAUGUGCAUUUGUUGUAUCGAGAAUCGCAAUUUUGCAAUAAUACAGUAAGACUGUGAACGCAAG